AUGUGCGCAACAAAGCCGACCAUCGUGAUCAUCCCGGGCUCCUUCUCGCCCAAGAGCUUCUACUUCACAACUGUUGACAAGCUACGCGAAUAUGGAUAUGAAGCUCUGGUGAACGACCUGCCGUCGGCCAGUCGGUUGCCACCCGAGGAAGCCGCGACCAUGUACGAAGAUGCGGACUAUUUCAGGGCUGUUGCGGAAAAGCUGGCGGACGAGGGGAAAGACGUGGUGUUUGUGACGCACUCGUACGGAGGCGUGGUUGGGACAGAAGCGGCCAAGGGUAUUGUGAAGACGGAUCGACAGGCUGCUGGCAAGCCGGGCGGCAUCAUCCGACUGGUCUAUGUGACUUCCGUCGUGCCAAGUCCGGGGAACUCGUUGAGGUCGCUGAUGGGAGAUCUCGUGCCCAGCUUCAUCGAAGUCGAGGGAGGGUUCAUGUACCAUGCAGAUCCCGAAAGCAGCGCGAAACUCACAUUUUCAGAGCUCCCUCUCGAAAAGAGCAUCGAAGAGGUCAAGAAGAUGUCGCGUCAUUCGGCAGUAAGCUUUGUCGGAGAACUGACUUAUCCCGCUUAUAAACACGUCCCCGUCUCGUGGGUCUUCUGUGAGAAGGACGUCAUUCUUCCUCCGGACUUUCAGAACAAGGGAAUUGAAAACAUCGAGAAAGAGUCAGGACGCAAAGUCAACGUGAUCCGCAUGCCGGACAGCGACCAUUGUCCUAACGUUUGCCAACCGAUCGAGCUGGCAACGGCGAUCAGGGAUGCGAUCGUAGCAGCGUGA